AUGGUCGGGGAUGAGAAAUUAUUACUGAAAUUAAAUGGUGGCAGGCGUGUCCAGGGAACACUGCCGGGAUUUGAUCCCUUCAUGCAUCUUAUGAUUGGUGAGUGUGUGGAGAUGACCAGUGGGCAGCAGCAUGUCAUUGGGAUGUUCAUAUGAGGAAAUAGCAUCAUGAUGUCGGAAGCCUUGGAAAGAGUUUAA